AUGAGCACCGACAACAUCCAGGCUAGCCUCUUCGCGCGCGACCCGCCGCCACUGGUACCCAAAGCCCCCUGGAACGACGAGCUCAAGAAGCAGAUCGCCGCAUUGCAAGAACAUCGCUACAUCAUUGCCGCCCUCCACCUCGCCAACGACGACAUCUACGCCUGCCACGACAUAGUGCAAGCCGACGAGGGCGAGCCCACCGCCGACCUGAUGCACGCGCUCCUGCACCGCCGCGAAGGCGACACGUUCAAUUCGAAGUACUGGUUCUCGCGUAUGCGGCGGCAUGCGCUGUGCCCCGAGCCGGCGGAGGCGAAGCGCUUCGUCGACGCGUGUGAGCGGCGCGAGGCGGGGUGUGAGGAGCGGCAGUGGGACGAGCUGCGUGAGCUCGUGCGAUGGACGCGGGAGACGUACAAGUCGUCCGCGGACCCGUGAUGCGCGCGACACAAGGCUGGGCUCGCGGCCACUGGGCUGUGAGCUACAAAUGCUGUGGACAUUGCGUGGCGGCCGCAAGUGCCACGGGCUUAGUUGCGUUCGUAGAUCGGGACUUGCAAUCAGCUGGACGCUGCGGAUCGCAGAAGCAGCGGUGCGUAUCCUGCGGCCUGCGGUCGAGUCCUCGAGAUUUAGUCGUCGACGUCAUGCAUCCCCAGUCUCGUCC